AUGGUUUUGUACGAAUCUUACAUUGCCCUAAAUAAACACAUAAAAAAGGACGACGUGAAGAAUUUAAUGAAAAACUUCCACUUUAUAGUAAACAAAUACAAUGGCAAUAUAAUCAGUAUCAACGAUCUGGGUUGGAGAAAAUUCGCCUUCUGCAUUAAGAAGCCCAAGGUAGGAACAUUUCAUUUUGGUAGAUUUUACUGCAUUACAUUUUACUCCAACAGCAAAAGUAUAAAAGACCUAAACGAAUUUUUCCACAGCAACACGUUUAUUUUAAGAUUUUUAAACGUUAAAAUGAAGUACAGAUCAAAUUUUUUGGUUGCGCCGUUUUCGUACAUUAAUGGGUAG